AUGGUGAGCGCGUGGAACGCGGGCGGACUUCAGGCCAAUGCAACUGCCUUCUGCCCACCGAGCAGGAUUGUGGCAGAGAGCGAGAGCCUAGAGGACAAGGAUCCAACAGCAUGGGAUGUGCCUGUGGAUCCUGCUGGGCAGGCCCUAUGUGACAACAUGCGCGAACUGACGGCCCACUUACGUGGGAUUUACCACUCCCUCAGUCAUGAGGACCCGGAUGUGGACCAUCAGAGCUCGGGCCAUCCGUUGGUCGCCCUUUGCGAUAGUAUGCGAGAGCUGACAGCUCAGCUCCGCGGCAUUUUCCACUCCUUGAAAACGGAGGAGACGGAUGCUGAGAAAGAUGUGAAGCGGACCCGGCAUCCUUUGGUGGCCUCGCUCGCCGAGUCGCUGCACCGGGAGGCCCUCCGCAUGUUAGACGAUGUGCCCAUGAAGCCUGCCAAGGGCGCCAACGAGGCGCAUCCUCCGCCCAGUUCAGGUGUUUUACCGUCUGAAAAGAAGCUUUCGCCCAGCUGUGAGUCCAGGACGGCCACCAGCCGCCGGACGCGACCGAGGCCACGUGGUCCAGGAAGCCCGGGGAGCCAGGCGCGUGGAGCCAGGCACGAGACGCCCACGCUUCGAAAACGCGCAGCCUCCCGGGAAUCGGGACCCGAGCGACUGAAGCGCUUGGGCCUGGUGGGCAUCCCACCGAAGGACGAGGCCAGCGGCCAGUCUGGAACCAGGCGCCUGCGACGUCAGCCGGUGGAGGAAGGGGAGGCGAAGCGGCCGGUUUCAGCGAAGCGUUCUCCGGUGCAGCGCGCCAGCUCCAAGAAGGGAAGCGGUCCCGGCGCUGUUCCGGAGACACAGAAGCAGAGCAGUGAGAAGCUCAAGGCUUCCAAGAACAAGGCCACGUUGGGUGAGUCCCUUCGACCCCCCGAAGUGAGGCGCGAGGCGGCGGGAGCCGCAGUCGCUCCCGCGCCGCAGAAGAGGGCCGCCUCGCGGGAGUCGGGCUCGGAGCGCUUGAAACGCCUGGGCUUGGUGGUCCUUCCGCCACGGAAGGAUGAGGCCACCGCGACCCGCGACCCGAAAACUCCGGGCGCGGUCGCGGGGACCGCUCCGAGGCGGACCUCCGCGGCCCCACGCCGCUCUCCGGUCUCAGAGGGCGGGCCAGCCGGAAACAAGCGAACGCCAUCCAAGCGUGCUCCGGUGCGGCCCAGCUCCAAGAAGCUGCAGAAGGGCAUCUCCGCUGCCCGUGGACCGGCCGACCAGCCGAGUGCGGCGAGCGGAGACGCCCGCGACGGCCGCGACGUCCGCGACGUGCGGCAUGCGGUGCCCAGCACGUGCAGCAAGGAGAGCGAAGCAAUGGAUGAGGACGUGAGGCGGAUGUUGGAAUGGGCAGCCGCAGAGGCAGCCCACACCAGGCGUGUGGCAACACGCGUGGCGAACUUGCCAACGUCUAGCGAUGUCCACUAUUCCGUGGCCCGAAUUCGAGAAAGCAACCAGGGCCGCUUGGCGAACCGCCUCCGAGCUGCCACGCUGAACCGCGCGAGGUUAGCCAGGCAGGCGAUGCAGUCCAUGGUGCGAUCCGACCAUCGACCGCUCGCGCAGGAGAGACUAGGCCUGAGGACGGAUGGACCGAUGGACGACGGAGCGAUGCGCCCGGAGGCCUUCGCCGCGUGGGGCGACCGAGAUCAAGAGCCUGAAGAGGUGAGCAUCGGAGAGGAACUGGACAGUGAGAUGUCGCCCGAUGAGAUCGACGAGAAGGAAGCGUCCUUCUUGACCGUGGCCGAUCGCCAGCGCAUCGGCGAGGUGCUCGCGGAGCAACGCCGCCGGCGCGGACCGCCCGACGCGGCGGGACGGGGCGCAGCGGCGCCGUCAGAGCCGUCGCCGCGGAGGACACCCGAGGAGGCAGCCCGGGCGGGCCGGACUCCGGCGCCCUGGGCAGUGCCUGGCAUUCCUUCGCCUCGAAGACCAGCGAGGCCUGAGGCGCCUUGGGCACGGCUGGACUCACGAGAUGAGGCGCAACGGCCGGAGGGCGGACCUCGUCCGCCCAGCCGCGGUGGAGAAUCCUGGCAGCCCCUGGGGCAAACCACUCCUCCCGCGUACGAACAGGUCACGCCGGAGCUGCUGCAGUUGUGGCAGAUCCAGGAGAUGCAGUCUCAGCAGCCGUCUGAUCUACCUAAUUCAUUGCCUAUCCACGAGGACUCGGACAUCGAAGCCACGGAAGAAGCCCAGCGGCCAGUGGAGCCGGAGCCGUUGGAGCCCGAGGUUCACCAUGCUGACGACCUUCCAGGCAUUGGCCAAGCAAUCCCUGAUGCCAUCGAGACCUAUGAGUUGGAUGUGCCCACAAGGACAGAGUUGGAGCCGUCCUCCUCAAGGUCGCAGAUGGUGUCAGAGCAAGAUGAGGAAGAAGAAGAGCUUGAGGAGGACGAAGGCUACACGUCUGAGCACGAGUCCUCUCCCAGCGGUGCUGGAAGCCGAGCUCCAGAGGAGGACCUGGAGGAGGUCAGCCUUGCCGAGAACAAGGAGCCCAGCUCUUUGGCCUCUCUCGGCGAGGAGGCGGAGGCGGUGGAGGUGAGAUCAUCAUCCCACUCGAGCGAUGACUUGUGCCUCGAGGAUCUAGAGGUGGGCGAGGGGAAAGAGCCGGGCUUUGGAGCCGACGAGUGGGUCCUCGAGGUCGCCCGCGCGGCACGCGCGGAGGCACCCGCUGAGGCCGUCGCCCGGGAGGUGCCUGCGGUGCCUGCGGUGCCUGCGGUGCCUGCGGUGCCUGCGGUGCCUGCACCAAGGGACGACGACCGCGAGGCGGUCACUGAAGAGGUGGUCUCUGAUCUGAUGGACGAGCUCAUCGAAGAGACUGUGCAGGCGUCCACGGCGCACGGCUUGGAGCCGGGGCUUUGGCAUCCGACGCCCGUGGCACCGCCCUUCAUCGACAUCUUCAGCGAGGACUCGGCGCCCGAUGGCUCCAGCGCGGAGAGCGAGCCUGUGGUGCCGUCGCCACGGAGGCCACUUCCGCAGAAAAGCCUUCCAUCUAGUCAGCCGCUGCAGAAGGUACCUGAGAGCAAAGCCGACUUGGAGGGAGGAGCUCGCCCAUCUUCCAAGGACUCAGGGCCCCCGCGGCCUCCCUCACCGCCACCUGACCUACGCUCCCUACCAUCCGACACGUCAUCCCAGGCAUCUCCUCCUCGGCCCAGAGGCCGCCAAGAGCAAGCUGAAUUCAUCUCCCAGGAGCUUCUAGAGAUGCUCCUGGGUGAGGCCUUGCAAGAGUUUCAAGAGCCGACUGGGGAGCAUGUUUCAAGCCCAGUUGAGGAAGCUCGGUGGAGUAUGGGCUCCACGUCGGGCGUGAGCCCGUUGCCGGCAGGACCUCGUCCCAUCGACACCUCCGAAGCGGUGGUCGGACCCUUCGUGGAUGCCGCCUUCCAGUACUUCGGCGUAGAGGACGAGACUCAACCGGUGGCUUGUCCCCUCCCGCCGGUGGAGGAGUGGCUCCCAGCGGUGCUGGAGCUGAUGAAGAGCCCAGCCCGACCAUCCUCCGUGGACGUGGAGACCGCUCCGGAGGAUGCCGUCGAGGGCGAAGAGGACAACCAGGGCGUGGAGGGCUUCACUCACCUGCUCGCCGACGUGUUUCUCGAGAUCGCGAGCGAGGAGGUGAAGGAGCAAGGCCCCCGCAUCUUUGGCUGGCGCCGGCCUUGCUUCGGCGAAGCGCCUUUGGCACGGUUCCGGGAGAAGCAGGCACAAGAGGGGCUGACGAGCUCCUCGAAGCACACCUGGGAGAAGGUACGGGCCAAGCUGACAGAAGCCGUGCGCUUCGGUUGGCGGGAGGAGGAUGAACCGACCACAGGACGGACAGGUUGGCCUGCUGGAUUUGGUGGCAAGCUCACCCUCGACCUGGAUCCCUGGGCAGGAGGUCAUCGCGGUAAUGUGGCUUUACCCAAUCUGAACGACGAAAGCUUAGCCAUGCACAUGGUCGGCGUGGACGCGAUCCUGGAGGACGAGAUCGGCAGCGAUGAAGCCUCUUGGUUGGACAUCAAGGCCGAUGUGCAGAAGGUCAAGAAUGAGGUGGUGCAAAUGAUUUUCGUUGACCUUGUGGAUGAGAUGGCGUCGGAGAUUGCAAGCCUGUGGCCAGUGUCACCGGCGUGUGCAUAG